GGACUCUCCAAAGCCAAAGAACAGCGAUGACUACGUGCAAUGGCGAGCAAAAGCAAAGGAUUCGUGUGGGCGUCCUUCGAUGCCGAUCCCUUUUCCUCUCCUUUUAUUCUCAUUCUCAUUCCCUUCUCUCUUCCCCCUUCCUCCCUCCUCGCUUUCCCCGUCUUUCUCGUCUCCUGGAGUGAGAUAGAGGUUCCUAAAUCUCCGAUCCAUGGCGCCGUCAUUGGACUAUGAUUACUCGUUCAAGAUCUUGUUGAUUGGUGACUCUGGGGUUGGGAAAAGUAGCCUUCUUCUUAGCUUUAUCUCUGACCAUGUCGAUAGCCUCCUCCCCCCAACCAUCGGUGUGGAUUUUCAAAUCAAGUAUAUCACAGUUGCUGGGAAGAAAUUAAAACUUACAAUAUGGGACACUGCUGGGCAGGAGAGGUUUAGGGCACUAGCUAGUUCCUAUUACAGAGGUGCUCAAGGAAUAAUGUUAGUAUAUGAUGUGACGAGGAGAAAACUUUUCACUAACUUGUCUGAUUUAUGGGCGAAGGAAAUAGCACUCCAUUGCACUAAUCUGGACUGUAUAAAGGUUCUUGUGGGGAAUAAAGUUGACAAGGAGGCUGACAGGAUGGUCACUAGAGAAGAGGGAGCUGCCCUUGCGCAGGAAUGUGGAUGUUUGUUUAUUGAAUGCAGUGCAAUAACGCGAAUUAAUGUGGAUAAAUGUUUUGAAGAGCUUGCAUCGAAGAUCUUGGAGGUUCCAAGUCUCUUGGGGGAAGGAUCAUUUGCUGUGAAAACAAAAGAGGAAGGCAAUGCUUCCCUGAAACAAGAAUACCAUGCUCCCCCAAGCACUGGCUGUUGCUCAUAAUUCCCUGAGAGAUUUCCCUCUGUAAGCAUUAUGCAGAAAACAAGUGCAUGCUGAGCUUGAAAUACUGCAAUGUGAUGUGGUUAUUUAUGUAUAUAUAUAUAUAUAUAUCAGUCUGAAUUUUUUUUUAUACUAAUAUGUGCCUGUUGAUGUGAAUAAAUAAAGUUAAAUUGUAUAUGAUUUGUGAUUA